GGCCGCGCGUCCUCACCGCGGCACCCAGCAGACGACAGCAUGCCGACGUCGCGGAGGGUGCACCUGCUGCUGCUGGUGGUGGUGGCGUCCACCCGCCUGUGCGCCGGCGCCGAGCCCGCGCUGGGGGACGCGAAGGAAGGCGAGAAGGCUAGCAGCACGGCGGCGGGCCGCGCCCCCGUGGUGGAGACGCGAGGCGGUCGCAUCAGCGGCAAGGUGCUCAAGUCGGACGGCGGGCGUCAGUACUUCGCCUACCUCGGCGUCCCGUACGCAAAGCCUCCGGUGGGCGAGCUGCGCUUCAAGUUUCCCCGUCGAGUGAAGGAAGGGGAGUGGGACGGGGUGCGCCGCUGCGACACAGACCCGCCCAAGUGCCCCCAGUUGACCUACCCCGAGCGGCACUACGAGGGCGACGAGGACUGCCUCUACCUCAACCUGUAUACGCACAAGACUGAGGACACCAAGGUGGACGUCGAGGAGCUGGUGCCCCGCCUGCGGCCCGUGCUCGUGUGGUUGCACGGCGGGAACUUCCAGCACGGUUCCGGCACCUUCGACGACGUGGGUCCAGAGCGCUUCAUGGACAGCGACGAGGACAUCGUGCUGGUCGUGCCCAACUACCGCCUCAACGCGCUGGGCUUCCUCAGCAUCGGGGAGCACCCCGCGGUGGGCAACGCGGGCAUGAAGGACGUGUUCACGGUGCUGUCGUGGGUGCAGGGCCAAAUCGCGCGCUUCGGCGGCCACCCCGGGCGCGUCACCCUGGGCGGGCACCAGGCGGGCGCCGCCGCCGCGCACCUGCACGCCCUCAGCCCGCUGUCCUCGCACGAACCAGACCUGUUCCAGCAGACGCUGUCCCUGUCCGGCAACGCCCUGGCGCCGUGGGCUGUCCAGUCGACGGCGGAGGCCAAGAAGCGCGCCCUCAAACUGGCCCGCGUGCUCGGCUGCGCCAAGAAGGGCGUCCCGGACGAGAAGGUCGACGCCCCUGCGGCCGUGCGGUGCCUGCGGACCAAGUCGGCCGAGGAUAUCGUGCGGGCCUGCGGCCAAGUGUUGGACUGGCACUCAGACCACUCCUUCCCGUUCGCGCCGUCCGUGGAGCAGUUCGACGGCCACAACCGCCCCUUCAUGAUCACGCACCCCGAGGAGGCGACCAGCCUGCGCGGCGCGAAGACGUGGGUCACCGGCGUCACGACACACGACGGGCUGCCCCAGGCACUGCAAUUGAUGGUGUUCAGGGGCAUGCUGAGCGAGCUCAACGAGCGCUUCGAGGACGUGAUCUGGAAGUACCUGGGCAUGGAGCACAUCGUGGAGCAGGCCGGCGCGGAGGCCACCGCGGCGGCGGCCAGGAGGCUCCGGGACUACUACUUGCCGGGCGACCAGCCCAUCACCCUCAGCACGCUGCCCGGACUCGUGGACAUGACCUCGGACGCCUUGUACCACCACAGUCUCAGUAGGGCCGUUCUUCUGCACUCCGCCAGCAAAAGGGCACCCGCACUGGUCUACCGUUUCGGGUUCGAUCGGCACGAGGACAGGACUCACGUGCUAGGUGUGCCUCUUGGAACUGAUGUAGAGCUCCUGUUUCCAGCCACAUUUGCAGAAGAGAAAUCAAAACUUCUCAAACAAGAAAAAGAAAUGUCAAGAAAAUUGUUGAAGCUAACAGCUAAUUUUGUCUCUAUUGGUGAUCCAACCCCAGAUGAAGAGAACUUAUUGGAUAAUGCGCUUUGGCCUCCAGCUAAAGAUGCUAAUUUUUCAUUCUUGGACAUUGAUUUAAAAGGAAAGAUUUCAGUAGCCAAGGAUGGUUUUUAUGUUGAGCGCAUGGCCCUAUGGAACUCAAUUUUCAAGGAUCUUGAGAAAACCUCACACAAAAGUGGACCCAAACGUAGGAGUGUUGGUGAUAAUCAGGCUGUGAAGGAUGAAUUGUAAUACAUUUUUUGAAAAAUCAGUCUAAAUUGAUAAAAAAUUUAUAUUUAAAAA